AUGUCCGUGUCCGCUGGUGGUGAAGAGACUUUGACGUCGCACAAUUAUCAAGACGAUAGUCUGUGUACCGAUGAAUUCGAGAUCAUCUCCUGUGACACACUAAGUCAUGGUGCUCACGAAACCAGGGAUGAUACUCUUUCGCAGUGGAAUACUAAACACAGUAUCAACGUCGAAUCGACAAUUCCGAUGAACAAUCUUACACAUAUCCUGUGUUCAACACACUCAGAGGUUCCAUCGCUGACUUCAGGAUCUUCGUUCAAGUCUGUCCCAGAGAGUCUCCCAGGAGAAGCAAAUAAGCCUAGUGGUGGCCAAGUUAACCCUAUCGAUAACCGAGGAGAGACUGCUAUUCUUGUCGGCACUGUUGGUUCAGUGAAGUCGUCAGUUGCUGAUUCUACCCUAGUUGAUGCUCCAUGCAUGGAAUCCUAUAGCACACUUGACAGUGUGAUUCGCUCACAAAGUGAAACUCGCGAGAUGCUCGAAAAAGCGAUCAUGUCAUUGGAUUCAAUGAACAAGGAGAGGACCGAGUUUGCAUCAAAGUUUGAAACUAUCAACAACCUCGAGCAGGAGAUUUCUUCACUGAAAACUAGAGUUGCUGAACUCGAACAGGAAAAUCAAGUUCUCAAGCAGCAGAACAUGAAGGCUGAACAAGUUUCUAUAUGUGAGCAGAAAUCGAAAGAAAGCGAAUCGGAUGAUGAUAAACUCGCUUCACUAAAGGAGAAAUUGAGUAUGAUGGAGAAGCAACUUUACGAUAGAGGCUUAGAGGUCGAUAGUCGAACGAAGGCAUUGCAAGAUGCUACGGCCGAAAUCGAGGCAGCUCAUCGCAAAAUCGCUGAUUUAACAGAAAGCAAUAAAACGACCGCUUCGAACUGCAAAGAAUUGAGUCACAAACUAGAUGAGACUUUCGCUCUCCUUGUAGCGGAAAGAGAACGUGUCUCAAUCGCUGAAGAUGAAAUCCGCUCACUUCGUGCUGCUGGAGGCGAAGGAUUUAGUUUCCCCAUGACAAAUGAACAAAUGGUUGCUAGAGAAAUGCGAGAAAAAGCCGUAUACGCACAGAAGUUGGAACGAGAGCUUGAAGAGACACGGAAACGUCUGGAUGAACUCACCAAGUGUGUUGUUGGAAAAGAUGAUGAAUUGAGAACACAUAUGGAAAUCAUCAACGUUCUGAAGGAAGAAGAUGGUGAGGGUAGGCGUGAAAUCGCUGAAAGAGACCGCAGAAUAAAAGAACUGGAGGAAAUGGUGGAAGGAAUGUUUCUGGAUCGUGCAGAGCGGACUUCUGUUACCCAUUCAUGGCCUGUUAUAGGACAGUUCCGGCUUGGUCUAGUGGUACAACAUUUAUUUUAUGACGUAUUGUACCCGAUUUUAAGAAUGAGCAUAGGCGUCUGCGAAGCAAUAUUCCUUGUCCUAUACCGCUUAAUUUUGGAUUAA